ACAAAUCAAUCUGAACAAAGAAGAAGACACAAUGAUGAAUGCUUUAGCGUUGAGCCUGUUGGUGGGUUCACUAGCAGCAGCGGGCAUGUUCUCUCCAACACCGCCGAAGCAAGGAGCCAACACCAUCGUCAAAGAAGGCCACAGGGUGGUGGUGGUUGAAUACGACCAAGACGGUCAUCAGAACACCAAAAUCUCAAUCUCCCCACCAGAACCAGAUCACUCUGACUCCAACCUCCUUGAUAACGCCAGAGACAAGAUCAAAGAGGCUGCUUCCGUUUUCCCCAACAUGCCGGGAACAGGAAUGGCUGGUUCAUCUUCAUCACACUCACAGGAUGCCUUUCUCCACGCUCCUAAAGACCUCAUUUGCGAUGCCUACGGAAGGUGCAAGCACAAAAUUGCCGACGCAAUGGGGAAAGCCAAGGACAAGGCUCAAGAGGCCAUUGAAAAAAAGAAGGACAUUGACGGUGCUGUUGCUGAUGCAGUUGGCAAGGCUAAAGACACUGUGUAUGAUAAAGCCAAAGAGACUGUGGAAAAAGGGAUGGACACGGGCCAAACCAUGAAGGACCAUGUAGUUAGAAACGUGUCUCAGGCCACUCAUACCGUCAAGCGUUUUGCAAGCACUGCUUUAGGACCCCUGGAUUCUUCUGUCAUGGGGGUGGCUAAUUUGCUGGGUUUUGCCACGGCUUACGGAAUGUGUGUGUGGAUUACGUUUAUCUCUAGCUAUGUGCUGUCCAAGGCCAUGCCAAGGCAACAAUUUGUUGUGGUGCAGAGUAAGAUUUACCCUGUUUAUUUCAGGGCUAUGGCUUAUACUGUUGGAAUCGCUCUAUUGGGCCAUGUCUUGGGACAUAGAAACACACUCUUCACUAGCAAGCCUCAGAUGCUACAAGCAUACAACCUUCUUGCCUCCCUUCUCACCAUUUUCUUCAAUUCUCUCUACUUGGAGCCUCGAGCCACUAAGGUGAUGUUUGAAAGGAUGAAACUAGAAAAAGAAGAAGGAAGAGGCAGGGAGGAUAUAAGUGGCAGUACACAAGAGCAUGAGCGCACGCCUGAUCCUAAAACACCAACUCCAACUACCGGUACCGCAGUACUGUCACCUGCACAAGGGCACGAUGCAGUGAGGUCAAGGAUGAUCAAGCUCAACAACAAGCUCAAGAGACUGAAUUCACACUCCUCACUCCUGAAUAUCCUCAAUCUCAUGUCUCUUACUUGGCAUCUGGUCUAUUUGGCUCAGCGUGUUCACAGUGCUUGCUAAACCAAAUACUUCCACUGAUCUCGUUGUUGUUUUCUAUAGUUGCUGACUUCUGUUUGUAAUGAUAUUUUCAUAGACCAAAAGACUGUAUGUAGUCUGUAAGAUUUCUUGUAUCUUUGGGGUUUCAAACUCUCAUCUAUAGGUUUGUGAAUAUAGUGUUUACCAAUCCUUGCAGUAAAGUAUA